AUGUACGGCUCUUCCUACAGCUCAUACAGCUCGUCGAGCUCCUCGACCCGUAGCUUCUUCUCUCCCUACAGCUCCCCCACGACGGCUGUCACCACGACUAUCGCCAUCGACAUCGCUCCCAGCCCCUUCUCCACUCAGGCUCCCGAGGCUAGCUGUGCCUUCCCUUCGUGGCCCCGGAGGUCUUCGCUCGGUGGUUGGGAUGCGCCUGAGGAUCGGCCGUCGUGCUACUUUUCCGAUGAGGAGCUUCUCGAGAUCGAUUCUUUCAGCGAGGACGACCUUUCUAGCCACGGUGGCUCGCCCAACCAGUCGCCCAUUCCCCAGCAGCCCCAAAUUGACUACGAGGCCGCCAAGCGUCAAGUCCUGCGUAUCCUGGCUCUCGAACAGCGUGAGCAGCGCAGGAGGGCGGCGAUGAUGGGCAAGAAGCGCCGCACGAGCCCGUCCUCCAAGAAGAGCAAGGGCAGGACGGUUUCGAUGAUGACUCCCAUCGCCGAAGCUGAUUGA